CAUUUAUAGUUGUAUGUGAAUGUUCAUAAAGUAAAAAAAAAACCUGGUUGUUAAACUAAUUAGAUUAAGCGGUAUCUCUAAAUCAUUGUGUGUGUGUGUGUGUGUGUGUGUGAGAGAGAGAGAGAGAGAGAGUGUGUGUGUGUGUGUGAGAGAGAGAGAGAGAGAGAGAGAGAACGUUUUAACUCUGAAUAGGCACUAAGGCUUCCUUAUUACAGAUGUUCUGUACUUUGGAUCCCCGCGACCCAGUAGGAUAAGCGGUUUGGAAAAUGGAUGGAUGGAUGGAUGUACUUUGGAUUUAUACAGGUUAACUUCAGAUAAGCCUGAUUUGAAGGCUGAUAAACCCGUACGAAAAUAUGCAGUUUUCACAUCAAAUACAAGUGAAAGUGCGACACAUUUCCCCAACCACUUUACAUUAUCACUAUCUUUAAAACAAGGGAAAAAAGCUGUGAAAAUCAUUUCAUCGUGUCGAAAAAUACGAUGGGAUCAGAUUCUUUCAACUUGAUCUUGCAGAUCUCUGGCUAGGCUUAUAUUUGGCUAUUGAAAUUACAGGCACUCCCCACGCCAUUUCAGUUCAGCUUUGAGAAUGAAACCGCACGGACUGUUUCCCAACCUUCUUUUCCUCUGUGUUCUACUUAGCGGUAGAAGUUCGGCCGAUUUGGGUCGUUUUUGGCAUAUCUCAGACCUCCACUGGGACCCCACCUAUGCUGCCACAAGCAGCCCCGAUCGGGUGUGCGUCUCCAGUGGCACUCGACCGGCCCCAAACGCAGGAACAUACGGCCACUACAACUGCGACUCGCCGUGGGAACUCAUCCUGUCAUCCCUAAAUGCCAUGAAGGCGAUUCUACCAGAUCCGGAUUUCAUCGUGUGGACAGGCGAUGACACGCCGCACGUAGCCGACGAACAGCUCGGGGAGGAUGCUGUCCUGCGCAUCGUAGGAAAUAUCACUCAAGUCCUGCGACAGACUUUUCCAGACACCAAGGUUUACGCUGCACUGGGUAAUCAUGACUACCAUCCCAAGAGCCAGUUGCCUCCGGAACCAAACAGCAUAUACAACCGGACCACAAAACUUUGGCAGGGUUGGCUGGAGCCUGAAUCCCAGCUCACCUUUAACAAAGGUGGAUUCUAUACAGAAGAGAUCCUGAAAAAGUCAGGUUACAGGGUCCUGAUCCUCAACACCAAUCUUUAUUACGACCAGAACAAAGUGACGGAGAACAUCUCAGACCCAGCGGGCCAGUUUGAGUGGAUGGAUGCUGUAUUGACGUCCGCUGCCAGCAAAAAUGAGAAGGUGUAUAUUGUGGGUCAUGUGCCACCGGGCUUUUUUGAGAAGAAGAGGAGAAAACCAUGGUUCCGGUCUGACUUCAACCGUCGCUAUCUUGGGCUGAUUCAGAAGCACCAUGCAGUAAUUUCCGGGCAGUUCUUUGGCCACCACCACACAGACAGCUUCCGGAUGUUCUACGACUCUAAAGGAAACCCAAUUAGUGCUAUGUUCCUCACUCCUGGAGUCACCCCAUGGAAGACAACUCUGCCUGGAGUUGAAGAUGGGGCCAACAACCCUGGCAUCCGAAUUUUUGAGUAUGACAAGACUACCCUUCUUGUCAAGGACAUGGUGACUUACUAUCUGAACCUGACCUAUGCCAACGUGGUGUGGGAGCGCUGGGAGAAGGAGUACCGGCUGUGCGAGUCCUUUCAGGUACCAGAUGCCUCUCCUUCCUCCAUGCAUCUCAUCCUGGAGCAGCUGGAAGACUCCGGCUGUGACCUGCAGAAGUACUACGAGUUCAACUCGGUCAGCUACGACCUCAGCUCCUGCGACGCAGACUGCCGUGCUGACCACGUCUGCGCCAUCCGUGAGGUUGAUUUUGACAGGUAUGAGCAGUGUAUAGCAAAGGAAGGCGCACCAUCCGCCCACCUUGCCCUGGCACCCCUUCUAAUCUGUGUGGCAGUCAGCCUGUACGGGACCAGCCAAUGAGCUCACUACUUCCUGAUUUCUGACCCCACCCCCAUCCCAGGGCUUCAUCCCCAUUCUAGUCCAUCAGUAGGCAGAGUCCUACUAGUGACCUCACAGCUACCUGUUGAUUUACUCCCUAAAGAAGUGAGUUCCAUCCACUUACACUUGCAAUAUAAUCCCUUAAAUGGAUCAAUUAGGAGCUCAAGCAUAAAUGGUCAGUAGACGACAUGGUCAUCUAGAAAGAAAUGGAUCUGGAUCUCAUUUAAGCUCAGUUACUAGUCUUUCCUAUGUCACUGUAAAAGAUUCACUGUUAAUUUCUUGCUGAUACCUAUGACUGUUUUUUCUCUGUGUUCACAAUCUGGGAAGAAGGUUACAGUCACAGCCGAAGUCAAUUACAGAAUCCACAGUAUUUUUUAGUAACUGCAUUGCUAGGUAAUUAAAAUGAAUUUUAAACCAGUGGAAUUAUGAUGUUAUUUUAAAUCAAUAAUUCUGUAGUUUUAGAAGCGCUUUUCAUAAGCUCUCACGAUACGGAUGACCAUCUGCUAUGUACCAGUUCAACUCCAGCCACCUGCAGGAUACCUUGACUUGUACUUUGUGAUUUAAAACACAAUUUUUUGUUUUACUCAUUUCUCAAUUUACGGGUGUAUGUCUGUGAAUAAUAUGUGUUUUUUUUGCAAACUGCAGCCUGGUUAUUCUCUGUUCCUCAUUAAUGAAGAGCUUCUUCCUUGCUUUAUGGGACUUCAGUCCUGCUGCUGGGAGCCUGAUAUGAACUGUCCUAGCAGUGCACUUCACACCUGCACUUAAUGUUUCCUAUUCCUUUUGAUAGUCACUUGAUGUCAUUCUGCGAUUCAUGAGAAACUGUUGGAUAAGUUAACAGUCAUUCCUGGCAUUAGAAUGUUGCUUCUGCUUUUUACCUGGCUGGUUUCUGGUCAUUUAAAAAUGUAGAUGUUUAAAAAUUUACAACCGUGGAAAAAAUUGAGACCACUCUAUAUUUUCAAAUAAAUCUGCAUUUUUAAAUCCUGAUUUAAUCCUUUAUCCGCUGCCAGAAGGCUAU